AUGGAAAAAAACUCAUCUCAACCCACACGGCGGCAGAGAUUCGCCGUGGACGACGGCGCCGAUCUAAUAGACUGCUCCGGCAAGCAUUGCCAGUCGUGCACCACCGGCUUGGUUGCGGACUGCAUCGCCAUCUGCUUAUGCCCAUGCUCGGUUGUCAGCUUCUUGGCUCUGGCUCUCGUCAAACUUCCGUGGAUGAUCGGGCGGCGGUGUCUGCAGCAGAGAAGGCAGAAGAGGAAAUUGAUUGGGCGGAGAGGAGAAUGCGAGGGCGGUGGUGUGGCGGCGGAGAGUGGUGGGCGUGCAGCGAGUGAGGAGGGGCUGCCGCCGGGUUUCGGAGAGGAAGAAGCAGAGAGAAUUUGGGUGCAGUUGGGGUUUGGAAGAGUUUCCUUCACUGGGAAUACAAAUUUGUAA